AAAAUGAAAUCGUUAAAAUUGAUAUUUGCGCUUGCCAUCAUUGUAACAAACUACUCACCCUUUACUGAGGCCUUUCCCCGGCCUGCAAAUAAUCCUAAUGCCGAGUAUGAAUUGAUAAGCGGUGGCGCGCAGGUUGGACCGAAGCCGUCUUUUGUGCCCAUCACACGAAAACCGUUAAUCAUUAAUACACCACCACCAACGCCAGCAAACUCGAAGACUUUUGCUUUCGAUCCUCUAACCCAAACAUGGACAAAAGUCAAAAAGGAUGAUCCCAUACCAUCGGAAGAUACGCUUCUAUGGAACCAAAGCAAUGACAAAUGGCUGACCGAAACAGCCAGGCGCCUAUAAAAUGCAACAAUCCGCAAUAUGAAUAAUUGAAAAUAAUUAUAAAAUGAGUAUUUAGAAGGUCAUAUGCAAGUUUUAUUAUUGACUAUAUGAGUUAAUAUUUUGAUUGAACACUGCAGAUGUAUUUUAUGGAUGAAAAAAAAGCUUGUACACACUCACGAUUUUUUGUGUAGGUAUACUUUUGAGUAUGACUGUAGCCUAAUUAAUGAUAUACAAAAUUUCAUUGAAAAAAUAACAAAUAAAUAUUGCACGCUCCACUAGAAAGAUAGUAACAUUUAA